AUGGAAGGUGAGACUACAAGUAAGAAGAAGAAGGCCAAUGAUGAUCAUGGAUUCAUUGAUUUGAUUUUUUCUUGGUCCAUUGAAGACAUUCUAAAUGAAGAUAUGUACAAGAACAAGGUACAGAAGAUUGAUCUAUCAUUUCAGUCCAUUGAUCACUACGUUCAAUCUUAUGCCUACCCUUUAUUGGAGGAAACAAGAGCACAACUAUGCUCAAGUAUGGAGAUCAUACACCAAGCACCUUAUACAGAGGUGAUUGGUAUAAAAGAGGCCAAACCACUUCAAAAUAAACUGUAUAACUUGAAAAUUGAUGGCUGGAAAAACAGGUUUUCUCAUCAUGGAGGAGAACCAUACAGAACUUUACCUGGUGAUGUUUUGAUUUUGGCUGAUUAUAAACCAGAAGCUGUAAGAGACUUGCAAAGGAUUAGAAGGUUGUGGUGUUUUGCGUCAACCGUAUGGACAACAGAAGAUGAGGGUGAUAGCACUUCUUUGAAAGUUAAGGCAUCAAAAGAUAUUGACCUGGAAGAGAGGAGGAAUAAAACUCUAUUUCUCAUCUUCUUGACAAAUGUAAACCCUAAUAGAAGAAUUUGGGGUGCACUUCAUAUGCCUGGUAAUUUGAAGCUACUCAGGCAGAUUUUGUGCAGCAGAGACGAUGUUGAGGAAUGUUGUGGAUGUAGCUAUCCGUCUGAUGCUUUAAGGGAUGACUGUACAUAUCAAAUGUUAUUAUCAGAGCUGAAUGAAUCUCAAAAUAAGGCAAUUUCUGCAUGUCUUUCUGGCCUCAAUUGCAAUCACAACUCCGCUGUGAAGCUCAUAUGGGGUCCCCCAGGCACAGGAAAGACUAGAACUUUGGGUACACUGCUUUAUGCUCUGUUGAAAAUGAAAUAUAGAGUCCUUGUAUGUGCCCCCACAAAUGUUGCAAUCAAAGAAGUUGCAUCACGUGUUGUAGAUAUAAUGAAAGAGGCACAUAGUAAAGAAUCUGGUGAUUUGUUUUGUUCAAUGGGAGAAGUCCUAUUGUUCGGGUACAAUGAGAGGCUGAAAAUUGGAGAAGAUGUUGAAGAUGUAUAUUUGGAUCAUCGUGUGCAACAGCUUACAGAAUGUUUUUCCCCAUAUAAUGGAUUCAGUUCCAGUCUAAAAUCAAUGAUUGGUUUUCUUGAAUAUUGUGUUUCCGAUUAUCAUAUAUAUGUUGAGAAUAUGAAAAGGGAGGGGAGCAUGGCCAAAUCAUUUUUAGUGUUUCUGAGAGAAGGGUUUCAUUCUAUAGCAUUGCCAUUGAAAGCGUUCAUUUCUAUCUUGUGUACACAUGUAGCCAUGAGUCACUUGCUGAAACAUAACUAUCAAAACUUACUGUGCUUAAAUGAGGCACUUGAAUCAUUUCAAGACCUGUUGUUGAAAAAUACUUUGUUUUCUGAACGAUUGGAAAAACUUUUCUCCUAUAAAAAGUUACCAGUUGCAUACCAGACGAUUUCUUGGUCAUUUGAUGGUGAUGCAUACCAGUUGUACGAGAAGCGAACUGCAUGUCUUAAUGCUUUAUUGGCGGUGGAACAUUCACUUCAAGACUUCAUGUUGAAAAAAUCUAAUAACAGUGAGAUUAGGGAGUUUUGUUUCCAGACAUCAUCAUUGAUAUUUUCCACUGCUUCUGGUUCUCAUAAGCUGCAUUCUUUAACCAUGAAGCCACUUAACAUUUUGGUGAUAGAUGAGGCUGCAAUGCUAAAAGACUGUGAAUCAAUAAUACCUUUGUUACUUCCAGGCAUUAGCCAUGCCCUUCUUUUUGGUGAUGAAUGUCAACUAUCUUCAAUGGUUAGAAGCAAUGUUUCUAAUGAAGCUGGUUUUGGGAGGAGCUUAUUUCAAAGAUUGAGUUCAUUAGGUUUCCCAAAGUAUCUCCUUAAUAUGCAGCAUAGGAUGCAUCCACAAAUAAGUUCAUUUCCAAAUUCAUAUUUCUAUUUUAACAAAAUUCAGGAUGCAUCUAAUGUUGAAAGAAUUGACUAUGUAAAGCAAUACCUUCCAGGGCCAAUGUUUGGUCCUUAUUCUUUUAUAAAUGUAUUUGAAGGAAAAGAACAAUUUGAUGAUGCAGGAAGAAGCUAUAAAAAUAUGGCUGAGGUUGCAGUCGUGAUGACAAUACUGAAAAAUUUGUUCAAAGCAUGGUUGAACUCAAAGCACAAACUCAGCAUUGGUAUAGUGUCUCCCUAUGUUGGCCAAGUUGUUGCAAUUCAGGAGAAACUUGGACAGAUUUAUGAAAGUCAUGAUGGAUUUAAUGUGGACGUGAAGUCCAUUGAUGGUUUUCAGGGAGGGGAGAAGGAUGUUAUUAUAUUAUCAACUGUAAGAACUAAUAACAGAACAUCUCUUGAGUUCAUUUCCUCUCCACAGAGGACUAAUGUUGCUCUUACAAGGGCUAGGCACUGCUUAUGGAUUUUGGGGAAUGAAAGGGCCCUUGCAAGCAAUGAAAAUGUUUGGAAGGCUAUAGUGCUUGAUGCCAAAAAUCGGAAAUGUUUCUUUGAUGCUGAUCAAGAUAAGGAAUUGGGAAAAGCAAUAUUGGAUGCGAAGAAAGCGUCAAAUCAGUUAGAUGAUUUGCUUGAUACAAAUAGUGUCCUUUUCAAAAGUCAAUUGUGGAAGGUUCAUUUCAGUGACAAAUUCCUGAGAUCAUUCAAAAGGAUCAGGUCUGAAAAGAUCAAGAAAAAUGUUAUAAACCUUCUGAUAAGACUUUCUAGUGGCUGGAGACCCAAAAGGUUUUCUGUGGAUUUGUCUUGUGAAAAUUCCUCACAGAUGUUGAAACAAUUUAAGGUUGAAAGCUUCUAUGUUAUUUGCUCAAUCGACAUAGUCAAAGCAUCAAGGUAUAUUCAAGUUUUGAAGAUAUGGAAUAUAUUGCCUUUAGAGGAUAUCCCACAGUUAGCUAAGCGCCUUGACAAAGUGUUCAAAGGAUACACAAAUGAAUAUAUCAGCAGGUGCAGGUGCAAAAAGAAAGAUGGGAACAUAGAGUUUCCAUUGAGUUGGCCACUUUCGGCAAAUAUCCAAAAGUUUAAGAAUGUUCAUAAUGAUGCAAAUGUGGGAGAGAAAAAUGCCAAUGAAGAUGGAAGUGAUGAUGAAAACUCAGGGGUUGAGGAUGAGAGUACGUUAUUGAUGAAGUACUGCUCAAUUUCAAGAGAUUACAUGCUUUAUGGCCUCGACAGUUUACAAGUGGAUCUUCCAUACAACGUAACUGAUGAGCAGCGCAAGAUUAUUCUUUUUCCCAAAAGUACAUUUGUACUUGGUCGCAGUGGUACCGGCAAAACCACGGUUUUGAUCACUAAGCUAAUCCAAAAUGAGAAAUUGCACCAUGUGGCAGUUGAAGAAGCAUAUGGAUUCAACAAUUAUGCAAAUCUGGAAGCGUCUAAGGACAUCGUUUCUGAGACUGAAAGACCAAUCUUAAGACAGCUGUUUGUGACAUUGAGUCCUGGACUAUGCCAGAAGGUCCAACAUCAUGUUUCUCGUUUGAGAAGGUCCUUUGGGGAUGGAAGUACCUUAGCUGCCAGUACUGAUAAGAAUAUCCCAGAUUCCUUUAAUGGGGUUCCAUCAAAUUUAUAUCCACUUGUGAUAACAUUUCGUACAUUUUUGCUGAUGCUUGAUGGGACAUUGGGAAAUUCUUAUUUUGAGAGGUAUUAUAAUCUCAAGGGAAAGGAUCUUGGUUCAAGGUUAGUAGAAUUGGAAACCUUAAUAUUGAGGAAGGAGGUGAAUUAUGAAAGGUUUGAUUCAAUAUAUUGGCCACACUUCAAUACUCAGCUGUGUAAGAAGAUGGAUUCUUAUCAAGUGUUCACCGAAAUAAUGUCACAUAUAAAAGGUGGCUCAAGAACUGUUGAGCAUGGCAAACUAAGCCGUGAGGACUACUGUACUUUAUCUGAAAGCCGAGCAUCAAGUUUAAGCAUAGAGAUAAGAAAUAUGAUUUACGAUAUAUUUCAAAGUUAUGAAAAAAUGAAGAUACAUUAUGGUGAAUUUGAUUUGGGUGAUGUUGUAGUUGAUGUUCAUAGUAGACUGAGGAAUAAAAGAUACAAAGGUGACAAAAUGAAUUUUGUGUACAUUGAUGAAGUGCAAGAUCUGACAAUGGCUCAGAUUGCUUUGUUUAAGCAUAUUUGCAGAAAUGUGGAGGAUGGAUUUGUUUUUUGUGGAGAUACAGCUGAGACAGUUGGGAGGGGUAUUGAUUUCAGAUUUGAAGAUGUAAGAUCCAUCUUCUACAAAAUGUUUGUGUUAGAAUCUAAGAGUUAUAAUGAUAACCAAAGAAAGGAGAAAGGACACAUUUCUGAUAUUUUUGUAUUGGGACAGAAUUUUCGCACAAAUGCUGAGGUUCUGAAGUUGUCACAAAGUAUCCUUGAACUUCUUUAUCAUUUCUUUCCACAUUCUACUGACAAGUUGAAAGUAGAGACUAGUUUGAUAGAUGGGGAAGCCCCAGUUGUGAUUAGAUCUAGAAAUAAUGCAAAUUCAAUUCUAACCGCUUUUGGAAAAAGUAAAAACAACGGUGAUAAUUUAGGGAGAUCCGGAACAGAGCAAGUAGUUUUGGUAAGAGAUAAUUUGGCUAAGGAGGAAGUCCUUCAAGUUGCAGGAAAACAAGCUCUUGUUUUAACCAUUUUAGAGUGCAAGGGUCUUGAAUUUCAGGAUGUAUUGCUGUAUAAGUUUUUCGCCUCUUCACCUCUGCAAAGGAGAUGGGGGGUGAUAUAUGAUUAUAUGAAGGAACAACAUAUGGUGGACUCAAGAAACCAUGCCAACUUUUGGCGAUGUUUUGAUCGAGAUUCCAAACACAAUGUUUUGUGCUCUGACCUUAAGCAACUGUAUGUUGCCGUAACUCGUGCGAGGAGGAGACUCCUGAUUUAUGAGGAUGCAGAAGAGUUCUCUGGACCUAUGUUUGACUAUUGGAAAAUGAAGAAUCUUGUCCAAUUCCAAUACCAAGACUAG